AUGUUGCAGCUCAUAUGGACGUACAGCCUUUGUUGUUUGGGCUGCAUAUUUGCAACAGCCAAACUGGAUAUUUCCACAGAGGAAGUUGACUGGGGUUGGUUUCCUACACUUAGACAUUCAGAUAAGCGCUCACAAAAUGAUGAUAUUUCACGGUUGUUGCAAAUGCUUGUGGAGAAGCCUGGAGACCGAGCGUUCUUGCCAAGAAAGAAGCGUAGUGUUCUUCUCUCUAGUGGAGUAUUGCAAUGCAGUCAAGAAACAGUACAGCAAGUCAUCCGCAAUCAUCUCAAAUACUACCAGCUCAGAGUUUGUCAGGAAACUGUGUGGGAAGCCUUUAAAAUCUUCUGGGACCGCAUCCCUAACCAGAUAGAGUACCAGAGCUGGUUGAGUCAAUGCCAGGCCGGAACAGUCACCAUACAUGACGUUGGCUCCUCUUUCAGCAAAUCAGAGGAACACCUACAACUUGUCCUCAAAAUACUUUCUCAGACCAGAUUGAAAAGUGAAACACCUUCAACGUCAUUAUGCAGUCCUGAGGAUUCUUCCCAAAAUCAAAAUAAUCCACCAGCAGGUGAUGGGUUUCCAGCAGAGGCCACUGACGUGGUGACUGUACCUGUUCCAGAUGAGGUCGUCUCUCAGAGGGUGAUGGAAGUUACAGUAGAACCAUCACCUGUUGUCAUGACGACUGAACCGGAAACUGAGAUUACUAAUGAGGUUGAAGAGCCUGCUGCUUUACCUGCACGUCCUCUUAUUGAACAGAAGGUAGAGCUGACGUUAUUACUGAUGGGAGAGCCGUGGAGCGAAUAUCUGUCUGACCCCACCAGCAGUGAGCGCCUCACUCUCACCCAGCAGUUCAGAGAAAAGAUUUCUACUGCUUUGAAAAAUCUUACCGAAUUCAAGAGUGUAUCAGUACUGGAUGUCAGGCCACAGAUGGAUCCCUCAAGUGGUGAAAAAGCAUUGCUGGUGGAAUAUAUUGUGUUCCUUCAGACAAGCAGUGAAGAGAUCAGCAGUGAGACACUUGAUUUUAUUAAUCUCCAGUCAAACAUGGUAGAGGGAACCUACAAUGACUCCCUUAAACCCUCCAUUACUGAAGACUUGAAUGCGGAAGCCGCUCCAGGGGAAACUCUUGAAGCAACAGAACCUCCAGACUCUGACCUCACGGAGGAAAUUCAAAGUGUAGAAAACACACCAGCUCUGCCUGGUGAGGAGGACAAGGAGGUCUUCACCAUUAAUCCAACGAUAGGAUUACAACAGGAAGAUUUGCAAGAACAUGAUGUUAUAAAACUAGAUGAGAACACACCAUCUCUCACUGAUGAUCCAAACAGCAAUUUCCCGGAGGAUAUUGAAGACAAGGGCUUGGUUUCCUUGUCUACCUCCAGUACAACUCUUGCUGUGGAUGGUGAAGCUGUUGGUCAAGACAGUGACAUCGCAACUGAUAACUUUGAUCCUGCCUCUGGAUCUGCUGCCACAAUGGUCCCAGCUGAAGAGACUGAAGCUGAUGUAGAGGUUUUGACUGAUGUAGACACACCCCUUUUAGAGGACUAUGAAUUCUCCACCAUCAACACAGCUACAGAGGUGAUUGAGGACCACGUUUCACCUGUGGAAAUAGAUGGACUGAUUACUGUUGUAGAUGCUGAUACACCAAGAAUGCCAGUUAUGGAAGAGACAAAAACUUCCGUACCUGAGGUAGAUGAAGAUGAUAAGAAAGAAAUUGCUUCCACAGAAACACAAACGGAUGAAGAAUCUGAAGUUGUAAUGAUUACAGAAAACGUAUCAGGGGAUGUUGAAGAUAAUGGGGAAGUUGUUGAUUGUACCACAAUGGCAAACGAAGGAAUUGGUUUUGUACUAAAACCUACUCAAUCUUUAGUGGAAGGUCUAACAGAGGAUGAGAUCAUAUUGGUCACUUUACCAACCAUCCGACAACCAACAAGCCCAGUCCAACAAACUUCUCUUUCACCAGAGAAAGAAUCACCCUUCACUCUCAUCACCAUGAUGACCCCAGAGAAUGUUGAGUUAACUUCUACCAUUAAUUCAGAAGCCAUGAGUACAUCCUUGGAUUAUAAUGUGAUUUUUUAUGGGGCGGAAGAUGGUAGCGGCAUGCCCGGUAUCAACAAAGGUGACGAUGUUUCCAGCAUUGCCAUGCCAACGAACCCUGGGCGAGCUUUGAUGGUGUUCUUCAGUCUUCGUGUAACUAACAUGAUGUUCUCAGAAGAUCUGUUCAAUAAGAGGUCUCCAGAAUACAAAGCCUUGGAACAACGUUUUCUCGAACUGCUGGUGCCAUAUCUCCAAUCAAACCUAAGUAACUUUGAGAACCUGGAGAUCCUGAACUUCAGGAAUGGAAGCAUCGUGGUGAACAGCCGGAUGAAGUUUGCGAAACCUGUUCCUCGUGGAGUCACAACUGCUGUUUAUCUUAUUCUGGAGGACUUCUGCAACACAGCGUACAAGACCAUGAACCUCGCCAUCGACAAAUAUUCCCUGGAUGUGGAAUCAGGUGAUCAGGCAGACCCAUGCAAGUUCCAGGCAUGUAAUGAGUUUGCAGAAUGUACUGUGAACCGCUGGUCGGGUGAAGAAGAAUGUGUGUGUAAUGCUGGGUACUUCAGUGUCGAUGGACUUCCCUGCCAGAGCAUCUGUGAGCUUCAGCCUGACUUCUGCUUGAAUGAUGGGAAAUGUGACAUCAUUCCAGACCAAGGAGCUAUCUGCAGAUGUCGUGUGGGGGAGAACUGGUGGUACAGAGGGGAGCAUUGCGAAGAAUAUGUAUCUGAGCCACUCGUAGUCGGCAUUGCCAUCGCAUCGGUUGCUGGGUUUCUGCUGGUUGCAUCAGGAGUAAUCUUCUUCUUAGCGAGAACCCUGAGAGACCAGUAUGACAAAGAUGAGCUGGAGGACCCAAUACAAAGAGAGGAUAGUUUUCCGUUUUUAGACAGGGCCACUAAGUACAACCCUAUGUUCGAGAGUGAUCUGACGACAGGCUACAGUCAUUACUACCGGCGGUACCCCGACCCCCCGAUCCACAGCAGUGGCAGUGCUGAGGCCUCCACUGACUUCAGCAGUGAAGAAGUUCGCCACAUUUAUGAGAACAGUGAGCUCACCAAGGAGGAGAUUCAAGAUCGCAUCCGUAUCCUUGAACUCUACGCAAGAGAUCGUCAGUUUGCAGACUUCAUGCGGCAACAUCAACCAGCGAUAGAUAAUCAGAGAGAAAGUUCCUCUUCAUCGACAACACACGUCCAACUGAGCGCAACAAGCUGAAGAUCAAGAUUGUGGUCAUAGACAGCUCCUCUCUUUGUCGAAGUUAUUUGUGCCUUCUAAUCUGUGUUCUGGGUGCUGCGCUCUCAUCAAACCAUCAUUGACACAGAGACAAAGGCCUGCAAUGACACAGGGUUUGCCCACUUUCUGGAAGUUACUUGAAUCACUAUUACUGUUGUAAUUCUGUUAGUUUUACUGCUUUUAAAGUAUCAAUGCUUCUCUUACAAUUAAACCUGCCCUUCAAGGAGUGGGUCUUGCCAAAGUUCCUAUUUUGACAAGUUAGUUCACUCAGCAAUUCCCAUGGCAGCUAUUUUCUAGGCAGUGACAAAAAUAAUUUUAAGAUGAUUAUUUAUAUAUGUACACUUAGACCACACACUUAGACCACAAUUUUUAAUUUAAAUGAAUGCUAUAGAUUUAAUAUCUGUGAGAUUAAAUCUCAUUGUUUUUUGCAAGGUCCGCGACUGAUCACCAUUAAUGCAAAC